AUGAUUGCCUCAAAGUACCUCCGGCACCGGUACACAUACUGGAGUCGCCAUGGUGUACCCGGCAAAAAUUACUUUGAUAUUACUCAAAUAUCAAAAUACACUCACAAAUACGACCACGAUAAUACCAACAAAUACGGUCGUGUAUACGGCAUGUACACAAUAUCGGGCAAUACUAUCAUGAUAAACGACCCUGAACUACUACGGGACAUAUUUAUCAAGGACUUUCACGCGUUUCCCGACCAUAUCAACAAUAUACACUUUGGUAGCUCCCAUUUGAGCAAGGGUCUAUUUUUCCUGAAAGGUGACGAUAAUUGGAAAAGGAUCCGGAAUAUAAUUACCCCGGCGUUUACAUCGGGGAAAUUGCGGGCAAUGAUGGGACACAUAUCGGACGCGUCCGACCGAUUCGUCAAUAUGCUGGUGAAGUACGAAAGGACAGGCAAAUCCAUAGACAUGCAAAAGUACCUGCGUGCAUUCACAUUGGACGUAACAUGUGCAUGCGCCUAUGGCAUAGAAUUAAACUCGAUAGAUAACCCUGAUCAUCCCAUGUGCGUAAACGUACGUAAAGUACUGGACCCACCACUCAGUGUGGGAACCCUAUUGUCGGUAUUUUUCCCGGGGUUGGCCCGAUUACUCAAAUGCGAACCCUUUCCCCUCAAACCGUUUGACUAUUUCCGGGACGUAACCGAAAAAAUACUGACUGAACGUAAAAUGCAUAAUAAAUAUGUGGAUAAUGAUAAAACCAAACGUCGCACAGAUUUCAUACAAUUAAUGAUAGACUCGGAAAAGUCGGAUAUAGACCUGGGAUACGACUCACACCCUGAUGAGUCCACCACCGGACAGACGCCUACCACCAAAAUACCGGUCGGGAAACUAACUACCGAUGAAAUCGUGGCCCAAAGCACGCAGUUUUUCAUCGCCGGGUUCGACACGUCCAGCGCCGCCCUAUCCAACACCAUAUACUACUUGUCCCAAAACAAGGAGUGUCAGCAAAAACUAUAUGAAGAGUUGGACGGUUGCGGCGAUUUGUCGGACGAAAGUGUUAUGCAAUUAAAGUACUUGAAUGGUGUCGUCAAUGAGACCCUACGACUCACCCCAUCAAUCGUACGGCUAUUCCGUACGUGCGUUAAGGACUAUAAGCUUGGUCAUACAGGGAUAACCCUACCCGCGGACACGGAUGUGCUUAUCAGCCCCUAUGCUAUACACCGGGACCCUGAAUAUUGGCCUAACCCUGAUGCUUUCAUACCGGAGCGUUUCAUAGAACCCAAACAUCAUCCCUAUGCCUACGUAACCUUUGGUGGUGGACCUAGGCUCUAA